CUUGUCGAAUAAAUUUACAGAUCGUUUCAAUAGAAGCAGUCAGGCGAUUAUGGAGGGAACAGGAACAGGAACAGCAGAGGCCACUGACCCCUCGACGUCCAUAUUCUCACAGAAUAACUCCAGACUUCCCGACGACACCGUCUUCUACUCUAUCUUCCCCGACUUCUCCUCUAACAAUUCUCAAUCCCCAAAAAACCCCACCACCACCCAACUCCAAUCCCUCCACCUCCAAAUCCUCCACUCUCUUUCUCCCCACACCUCCGACUACAUAUGGCAGCACGAGCCCUUCACUCUCUCCCUUUCCACCGCCACCUCCACCUGCAUCUGCUCCUCCCAACACCAACAACAACAUCAACAACUCUUCCCCCACCUCCACGGCAAGGUACGAUUCGGAGACAACCUCGAAGACGAGUGGUUCGUCGUCUUCUUACUCUUCCAAGUCUCCCUCCACUUCCCUCACCUUUCAAUUCGUGUCUGGGACACCGAUGGUGACUUCCUCCUCAUUGAGGCCGCCUUCCACCUCCCCCGCUGGCUUAACCCCGACAACAGUACCAACCGCGUCUUCAUUCGUCGUGCCCAGUUACACAUCAUCGAUACCACCCACUUCCCUUCAACUCCCACCCUUUCCCAGUCCUUAGCCUAUCUAAUCAAUUCUGCAGAUCAAUCUAGAGCUUCCGAUUCUGUUCAGUCUGCAAUCAAUAAUCGAAUUCGAGACUAUCCUCAGAGAGCCAGGCAGAAUGUGCAUAUGGUUAGGGUUAGGGUUCCUGGAUCUGUAGCGCAGGUGUUGAAGCACGAACCAUGCUUGAUCUCCUUGGCGGUGGAGGCGUUCUAUGACCGCGACAUCGAUUCAAUGAAGUAUGCUGCGAAAAUGGACAAGUUUUUGAGCAAUGGGAGUGGGGAAGAGAUUGUUCAAGUGUCUGUGAGGAUGUCCAGAGCAAUGUACGCGCUUCAGCAUUCUUUUCAGGCACCCAAGUGUUACCCAAUGCCACCGAGGAGCGACACAAGUGUUUAUGUGGAGGCGGAAUUGGGGAUGAAGAUUGCCUGUGGGUUUGAGAUGAUGUAUCGGUUGCGGCAGCAGCGGGAGGGAUUGGAAGGGAAGGGGACCGCGUGGGAGGCUUUUAACGAGAGUUUGGAGAGUAGUGGGUAUUUUGAUGGGCUACUUCCAGGGUCUAAGGAAUAUCGCCGCCUGAUGGAGAAUGCACAAGAGUAUUACAGAAACAGUUCUCUGUAUUCUAAGGCCAGUGAAAUGAUGAGUGCCCCAGUGAGACGUAUAGAUGAGAUUCUUGCUCUCCCCUAUUCAGCUGAUGAUUUUAGGGGUCAGGUGCUUCCUUCUUCAGACGACGAUUCAUGGCUCUACAAUGGGGAGGAUGAACUGAAUGCUGCUCUUCUUGAGAGACAGAAGGAGAUGGAACUGUUUAAUUCAAAACAUAAUGGGAAACAGAAGUCAAAAGAGCAGCAGGACUCUGGUCCCUCAUUUGACAAAAAUUCAGAUGAUUUUGGUCUUGGAGACAUAGCAAAAUCCAUGCAAGCAUUUGUCCAUAAGAUGUCAAGCUAUAAGGGAGCAGAAGUUCCUGGAAACAGAAACCCAGAAGCUGUGGGCUUUGAUGUGGAUCGUUUUAUGGAAGACAUCAAGUCAGUAAUGGGAUGCCAAGCUCCAGAAGACACCAGAAGCAAUGUGGAUACUGGAGAAGGGUCCUCGUCUGAUAUGGAUUUUGAUGAGUCUGAAGAUGGAAGCGAUAUGGAGCCUUCCGAGAAUAAUGAGGAGGAAGGGGAUACAUUCAUGCGUUCCUAUUCUGAUGCUCUGAAUGAGGAACUGAAGACUACUACACUUGACAAAAGUUUUGUUCAUGCAGAAUCUGUGAAUAAAAAUGAGGGAACAUCAAACGCCAAGGAAGCCAUAGAUGUGCAUGGAAAAUCAAAUGCCACGGAAAGCAUGGAUGAGGAGUUUACUCCAGUGGAUGUGGAUGUGAACCUUGUGAAGAGUUUUCUGGAUUCCUUUUCUUCUCAACAAGGACUACCUGGUCCAGCUUCCAAUUUGCUGGGGCUAAUGGGUUUACAUCUCCCACAAGAUCCCAACAAAGACAAAUGAGAUAUCCUCUUUUUCUUUCUUUCUUUCUUCCCAGCUUGUCCACUAAUGUCUACAUCACAUAUAACAUUUGUUGAGGUGCCUUUUAAUCAUAAGGUGUUAUGUUGUAUAUCAGGGAUUGACUCACAUGUAUGUUAGUUGCUGUAAGCAUAAAUACCAUGAGUAUCUCGUACUUUUAACCCUAAAAUACUGUGAGUUCAGACUGUGCUUGGGCAUAACAAGAAGCAAGGUUGGUCUAUUAGGAAACAGAAAAUAUCAUACCUUGCUUGGUGGUAUAAAACUACACUGUUUUGAGCAUUGAUUAACUGUAAUUUUUAUAUAAAGAAUAAGUCCCUUUCACAAUUUCA